AUGGACGUACUAUCACCAAUAACUGCACAGGGUGCCUCCUUGAUAUGUGGGUCUCCAGAUCGUCGCCAGGUGUGUAGUUGGUUACCUUUCAACUCACUGUGUAACAAAGGUAUGGAUCCUCAGAUGCUGAUGGAAGAACAGAUUCACCAAGCGUCGGGCAGUCAAUUUUCCAAAGUGUUUCGACCAUGCAACAUUGAAACUGAAAUGCCGGUGUUGGUAUGCCAGGAGUGCUCCUACACGAGCAAAAGACGUUCGAACCUAGUACGCCAUUAUAAGGCAAUGCACAGUCCUAAUAAACACAUUGAAUGCUGCGGUGAGAUUUUCAAGAGUAAGUCUGAACUGAGACAUCAUGUUCGUCAUCAACACAAGCAGGGAUACUCAUGUACGACAUGCAGGCGCGUCUUCUGUAGGAAAGCUUUGCUCAAACGUCACAUGAGUGUUCACAGUGGCGUUAAAGCCUUUACUUGCAAAGUAUGCUCGUAUGCAAGCAGUCACAAGAGUAACUUAGAACGGCAUCAAAGGAUACACGAUAGAAACAUUUGGGAGUUAGGCGAUGGACAAAAAGAACAGUUGAUAGAAGUUGAUCAACCAUUGUUCAACCCAUCAACUCAUGAUGUAGAAAGAACACUGAAACAGUUAACAUCAAUUUAUCAGACACUUGGGCAGUCCACAUCUGCAGCCAAAGCACAAAGUAGCACACAAAGCAACGUAAGCUCCGGUGUUCGUGUAAGUAACAACCCAAGACGCAUGUUUGCAGUUCCUUAUAAAUGUUUGACGUGCAAUAAGCGCUUGCAAAGUCAGCGUGCAUUAAAGAAACAUGAGAAGGUCGUGCACCCAGACGCCGAGGUUCGCACACUUCAUUCCUUGCCGUUAAAGCAGGCAGUAAAUUGUGUCAUUACCAUUUAG